GGCUGUGAUGGGGUCUAGACUCACCGACUUACUUGUUUCCCUCCUGCCGUCGGUCUUGCUGGCUUCACACUCGACCCCCAGAGCAGCAGAGGUGGCCAGUUGAAUGGUUCAUUAGGGAAGCAUUUUCUUGCCUACAUAUUGUGCUUGAUUUUCAAGGCUUAAGUCUGGCACCACUGAGACACUUGGGAUCUUGCAGGGCUUGUGCGUCGGGGGGUUCGGGGGCCUAGGAGGCCUGUGAUGGCAAGGUGUCCGUUACCUGACUUGCCCAGAAGCAGUUGGUCGGGGCUGUUGAUGAUGGACGGUGAUGCUGUGCUGAUGUCUCUUUUCUGCCUCAGCCGCGCUCGAAGCUUUGGCGGCCGGGAUACAGGAGGGGUCCGCAGCACACAAGGCAGUGAGCUGCUGGUAAGUUCUGGGGGUGGGCCUGCCGGCUGAGUGGUCCCAGGAAUUCUGGUCGCCCCCGAAGGCCCAGUGAUCCUUUGCCAUUGUGGUGACAUCGGGAGCUGGAAAGCACUAGAAGUCCUCUGAAGAUGAGGCCCUUCCUGUGGGAACCAUGCCACCUCCGGGUCUGAGGGGAGGGGGUCUGAGGGGUCCCAGCCAGGGAGACCUUGCCCGUCAUGCCUGCCCCCGCAGGACCCUCCGCUUGCUCUCCUUGGUUCUGUGGAGGCGCAUCCAGGUACUUGGGGACUGAACGCUGGGGUGUCGGGUUUGCUUCAGAGUAACAUGGGGUGAGGCCACCUGGACCUUGGCUCUGUCCUGGGAACCCAGGAGAUUUCCCAGCAUUUCCAGGCUUUGUCACUCUUUCCAUUUUUCCAUUAUUUUGCUCCUGAUUACCUCUUCUCCACGAUUACUUUAAUCGUCCUCAAACCUGCUGGGUGAGUACUUUACUCAUCAGCAUAUAAAACACUGCUCUGUUCUAUGUUUUAUGCAUUUUCACGAUGUGCUGAGUCCGUGCUCAGACUUGUCCCGAGAGUCAGAUCACGACUUUUCACGAUUUUUAUUUAGUUGCCAGCACUUAGAGUCAGACGUCCCCUCCCAGUCUGGGUGGCCAUCCUGCCUGGAGCCUCCGCACUGCACGUGUGACAUGGGCAGUUCACGUGGCUGCCAGGGCCCCGGAUUCUCUCCCCUGAGGGGUCAGGUGGGGCUGAUCAUGACACCCCGCUGUCGGCCCCGGUCUCCCUUUGUCCCUCCUGACCUGUCAGUGACAUCCUGCUCCCUCUUCUUUUCUUGCUUCUCCUGUCGGGAGAAGGACGUCCUUGGCUCCGGGUGGGGUUGAGAGCCUCCAUGUGCCGGGGCAGGAUCAGGUGCUCAGUGGGAACCAUGGCCCUGCCACCUCUGGUUCCCAUUUCACAGAUGGGGAGACUGAGGCUUUGUGACUGUGCUGGGUCUGGGUCCAGCCACUGGCUGUCGUCACCGUGGCCUCCGUCACCUCCUGCGAGGCCCAGCCUCCUGUGACCUCACUCUGGCCUUCUAGCUUCUCCAUGUGACAGCAGCUCCAUUGCCUUUGAUUCUGUUCUGUUGAAGCGACGCUCCCCUGGAUUCCAUUUCCAUCUGCGGCACCGCAGCCUGGCUGCAGGCCUGGCUGGGGAGGCGUGGGCAGGGCCAGCCUGUGAGCCUGUGAGCCUGAGCUGGGGGUCUGGAGUCGGGGGCCUGCAGGUCCCUGGCUGCUUUGCCAGCGAGCCACUCCUCAUGCGUGAGGUGUCGCUGUCAGGUGCUGACACUGUUGAGUGGCGGAAACCUGCAGGGGUCUCCUCCCCUGAGAUCCUCUGCUGCUUCUGCAGGUUCGGUGUGUUCAGUGGACACAUGUAUGGAAGUAUAAUUUCAACCGAGUCUCCAAAGAGGUUCUUCUGUCACACUCUGACCCAGAUCCUUACCCACAAGCCUGUGCUGAAAGUUUCCGACGCUGUUCAGAUGCAGAGAGAGUGGAGCUUUGCAAGGACCCCGCCUCUGCUCAGUGGCCUAUACCGUAGGCUCUUCGUGACCCUGAGCCCAGAGGAGCUGGUGGGCCACUUGCAAGAGGCUCUGGAGACACAGGAGGUGAACUGGCAGCACGUGCUGUCCUGCGUGUCCACACUGGUGAUCUGCUUGCCAGACGCACAGCAGCUCGUUGAUGGUUGGGUGUCGCGUUUGCUGACUCAUGCGUUCGAGAGCUGUGACCUGGACAGCAUGGUCUUGGCGUUCCUGGUUGCACGGCAGGCUGCGCUGGAGGGCCCAGCUGCCUUCCCGUCCUAUGCCGCCUGGUUCCAGGCCACCUUCGGGAGCGCAAGGGGCUUCCACGGCUCCAGCAAGAAGGCGCUGGUCUUCCUCUUCAAGUUCCUGUCUGACCUCGUGCCCUUCGAGGCCCCCCGGUACCUGCAGGUGCACAUCCUCCACCCGCCACUGGUUCCCAGCAAGUACCGCAGCCUCCUCACCGACUACGUGGCGCUGGCCAGGACGCGCCUGGCCGACCUCAAGGUUUCUGUAGAAAACAUGGGGCUCUAUGAGGAUUUGUCUUCAGCUGGGGACAUCACGGAGCCCCGCUGCCAAGCGGCCCAGGAUGUUGAGAAGGCCAUCAUGGUGUUUGAACACACGGGGAAGAUUCCCGCCGCCGUCCUGGAGGCCAGCAUAUUCCGGAGGUCCUACUACCUGUCCCACUUUCUCCCCGCCCUGCUCACACCGCGAGUGGUCAGUACACGUCGCCGUGAACGUGGGGCUGGGUCGGCAGAGAGCGGGGUCCCUGUCGGCGUCUCACCCAAGUCCUGUCUUCCCUCUCAGCUCCCGAGGGUCCCUGAUUCCCGGGCCGCUCUCAUAGAGUCCCUGAGGAGAGCAGAUAAAAUUCCCCCCACCUUAUACUCCACCUACCGCCAAGCCUGCUCCACUGUCAGAGAGAAGAAGCCAGAAGAUGCAGCCUCGCAAAGGGAGGUGGAGCCCAGCUGUAAGGAGGAGCCGCUGGGUCUGCUCACAACUGCCCUGCGAGAGCUCAGGGCCUCAGUGACAGAUCCCACCCAGCGUGACGCGUUGUUGGCUCAGAUGGCAGUGAUCUCUGAACAGCUCCGCUCCGCCCUGGGCCUCGGCGAGGAUGACAGCGACUUCGAGGGGGCCCCGGUUCAGCUCAGCGUCCGGGCCCCCAAGCUGCAGCCGUGGGAGCAGAGGGUCGUGGACCUCCUGCUGACGUCUUUCUGUCAGAACCUCAUGGCGGCCUCCAGCGUUGCCCCACCAGACAGGCAGGGCCCCUGGGCCGCCCACUUCGUGAGGACCCUGUGCAGACGCAGGCUCCUGCCGGCUCUGCUCAGCCGGCUCUGCCAACUGCUCCAUCACCAGGGCCCGAGCCUGAGUGCCUCACAUGUGGUGGGGUUGGCUGCCCUGGCCGUCCACCUCGGCGAGUCCAGGUCUGCCCUCCCGGAGGUGCAUGUGGGCCCUCCCACCCCUGCCAGGGGCCUGCCCGUCCCCGAGCUCUUCGACAUCCUCCUGCCCUGUAGGACCCAGGAGUCCUCAGCCCUGUGUCUGAAAUUUUGUACAGCGGCAAUUUCUUAUGCUUUGUGUAAGUUUUCUUCCCAGUCACGUGACAUCUCGUACAGCUGUUUGUCUCCAGGCCUUAUAAAAAAGUUCCAGUUCAUGGUGUUCAGAUGGUUCUCAGAGGCCCGAGACCCUCCCUCUUGGGAAGACCCGGCCAGCUCUCCCUGGCGGCCCCUGUGCCUGCCCUCCGUGGACUGGCAGCGAGCCGCUCUCUGCCUGUGGAGGCAGAGGACCUUGCGGGAACUGCUGAAGCAGGAGGGACUCCAUUUGACUUACAGAGACUGGUUACAGCUGGAACUGGAAAUUCAGCCUGAAGUUGAUUCUCUUUCAGAUACAGAAAGGCAGGACUUCCACCAGUGGGCCAUCCACCAGCACUUCCUCCCCGCGCCCUCUGCCACCGGGGGCUGCGAUGGAGACCUGGAAGUCGCCUGUGCCACGCUUGUCGACGUGCUCAUGGACUUCUGCCAAAGUUCAAGGAGUUAUGAUCACUCAGAGAAUUCUGAUUUGGUUCUUGGUGGCUGCACAGGAAAUCGCGAUAUUUUUUCCAGAUUGCAGGAGAUGGCUGCUGGCCUGGAGCAGGGCCCAGCGCGCCUCGGCCAUGCUGCUCCCCGGGGCCACUUCCUCUUUGGAGUUUUCUGCAGACGCCUCCAGGCCCUGGCUCGAGGGUGGGACGUGGCCAGCCGCCUGCAGCGACAGCAGGAGCUGCUCAUGUGCAAACGCAUCCUCCUCGGCCUGCCCCCCUCUGUGCUUGUCGGCAGCCCCCGCUUGGAGCAGCUGGCCGCCCCCGACUGCGAUGACUUCUUCCACUUGGUCAACUCGGAGCUGAGAAACUUCUCCCACGACGGCGCCCUGACCCACGACAUCACGGCCCACUUCUUCAGGGGGCUCCUCAACGCCUGUUUACGAAGCAGAGACCCCUCCCUGGCAGCCGACCUGACCCUGACUGCCUGCCAGACCCAGUGCCCCUUGCUUCUGACCUCUGCUCUGCUGUGGUGGCCGCACCUGGAGCCCGAGCUUCACCGCCACUGGAGGAGAUGCUCCCAGAGCCCGCUGCCUGCAGAGCUGCGGAGGCUGCAGGAGGCCCGGCACUUUGCCGGGAGCGUCCUCUCCCCCCUUGCGGCACCCCCCACACCUGGCCCGGCCUGGCUCUGCGCGGCUGCCCUGCACUUCAUGAUUCGACAGGCCGGGAAGGAGAGCAUCCGGCGGGAGCUGGGGCAGCUGGACGGCCAAGGAGAGGAGGCCGCUGGCUCCCUGAAGCCUCUGGACGUCUGUGCCGAGGUCCUGGGGUGUCUGCAGAGGAAGAGGAUUUCCUGGCUGCCGCUCUUUCAGUUGACGGAGACGGAUGCCGGCCUGGGGCGCACCCUCCUCCGCCUGGCCCCCGACCACCACGUCAGGCUGCUGCCGGUCGCCUUCUACAGCCUCCUGUCCUACUUUGACGAGGACGCCCUCCUCCAGGAAGACGCCUUCCUGCACGUUGCUGUUAACAUGUACCUGAAGCUCGUGGGCCUCUUCGUGGCUGGGGAGACUGGUGCGGUUUCGACUCUGGCCCACAGUGGGGACCUCCAGGCCCAGGGCGACCCCGUAAGCCUGAUUACAAACGCUCGUCUUUUUCUGCUGCAGUCGAUACCUCGGUGCCCGAAAAGGAGCUUCUCAGACGUGGCAGAGCUGCUGGGUGCGAGUGCAGACUGUGACCCGGAAGUGCGUGCCGCCCUCCUCAGCAGGCAGCAGGCCAUGCUGGACCCUGACCUCUACCAGGAGCCCCGACUCUUCUGACAGGAUCUGUGCAGGGCAUAGCCCAACUCCUCGGUAAAUAAUUUAUUACAAGCGUUAACGUGGAGCUCUCCGUUGCCCUGAAAAGUGGGUUACAAAACCUCGACUGCAUUAGUGGGGAAGAGGAAUCAUUUCUUUGAAGUCUGCCUCUGGCCCCAAGUCACUCUGUUUAUAGAAGAAACUGCCGGUCCCAGAGCAGAAGCCACAAGGCCCCGUGAGCUGUGUGCUGAGCCCCUGCCACCCAGCACACGGGGUGGAGGCUCGUCGGGGUGCAGAGCUGUGCCGUCAGGCCUGAACCCCCAUCACUGCCCACUGAGCUCGGGGGCGGGCGUGCCCUCAGGUAGGCUCAGCCUUCACGGCCUGCCCCGCUGCGGGCCCAGGCGGGGGCUCCGGGGCCUUGUCCGGGGUCUGCGUCAGGGGGUGCACCAUGGACAUGUGCACGUUGAGGUUGUGAGCCUUCUCGAACCGCCGGCCACACUGGUCGCAGGCAAAGUCCAGCUCCGUCUCGGCCUUGUGCUUGGUCAUGUGGUACUUCAGGGAUGCCCGCUGCCGGCACUGGAACCCGCAGACUUCGCACCUGGGGGCCGGGGGCAGGUGAGCCAGGGCACCGCUGGUGGGAGAACCCCCCCCAACCCCCCACCCCACUUACUGCAGGGGCUUGGCUCCUGAGUGGCGCAUCUGGUGGACCAGGAGGUGCUUCCGCUGCUUGAAGGUCUGCCCACACUCGUCACAGAUAUAGUUCCGCACCUCUGGGGACCAGAGAGGCAGUGACCACAGGCCCUGACACCCUCCCCUCGGUGCCCAAGUGCCUUACAGGUGCCACAGCUCUGAUACAGAGCCCUCCGGGUCGCCUGAAAUUGUCACCUGGCUGCAGCUUCCUCUCCAACUACUGUGUACAUUUCACCUGGAGCCUGUUUUCUUGCCCUUUAGGCCGAUUUCCUUGAGCACAAAUUUUUAGAGGAAGCCAAAUCAGCAAGGUUGCAUAGAUGACUGAUGACAGCUGCUGCUACUCUAAGACCCACCGCCACGCUGGGCCCUCUGCAGGGUACCCACUGCAAAGGCAAUCUUAACGCUCUUGAACAGAACUUGAACCGUCACGCCCCACGCCAGUGGUUCCACUGCAGGCCGUGCCAGUGGGGCAGCUGCCACACGCUUCCCGCCCCACGUCACUGCACGUCCCACUGCUCAUCUACCAGUACCUGAACCAGCCUCCCAGGCAGGCUCCUCCCUCACUAGGGGCAACCGUCCCCAUAGCACACAUCUAGCCUCUUUUGUGUUAAAAACAAAAACUGCUUGUGGUCACGACCACUGGCAUCCAGACUGAGAACAGCUUGACCCAACCCAAGAGAAUUACUGUGUUUGUUAGAGACACAGACAAGAACACUUGGAGCAAAAAAACACAAGGAAAACUGUUUCGCUGUGGAACCAACAAGUAAAUGUGCGCCAACAAUUAAACGGUCAACUCUGAGUGAAGUAACUCAUUUUUACAAAGUUCAAAACAAGAAAAACUCUCUCUUAGGCAUAGACACAGAUGGAACAAAUCUAUCUAGAAGGGGGUGCGGUCUGGGAGAGCUGCCUUCUGUGCAGAAGCAGCGACGACGCGCACCAGGCACGUAAGAGUCCAAGGUAUGAACGCAUGUUCAGAGAGAGAAGGGGGCGCUGGGCCUCACGUGCUGGUGGUGGUGAUGACCAGGGCAGGGCACUGUCUUCACUGUGCUUCCUCCCCCAGUUUCUACAACGGAUGCGGGUCACUUGUAAUCCAAAAAGCACACGUCAUCUUCUUAAAGUAGUGAUUUAAAAAGACACGACAGUAAACCCACAGAGAGGCACCAGGAUUCUUCGGCGCCGGUUUCCCAGGAGGCAGCCCUGUCCACGGGGGCGGGUGGGGGGGACGCACCUGUGUGGAUGAGCUUGACGUGGCGCUGCAGGUAGCGGUCGAUCAUGAACACCUUGUUGCAGCCGGGGUGCGGGCAGGGCCUCUCCCGGACCUCCUCGUGGUGCUCCUUGACGUGCUUCUGCGGGAGGGACUGGGGACCUGAGUGCCUCGGCCUGGCGGACACCCCUGGUCACAGCACGUGCCUCCCUCCCACAGGCCCCGCUCAGCACCCUCCUCUCCCCAGAGGAACAGAUCCCAGCACUGCAGGCCUGUCCAGCCUCCCCCCCAUCCUCACGGGCCGGGGCCCUCACCUUCAUGCCGUCAGCCCCACGGUACACGGCCGUGCAGCCCUGGUGAGGACACUUGUAGAUGGUGGGCAGCUCCUCCCUGCAAUGCAGAGCACACGUGGAGCUGCGGCCCCGACGGGCUGCGUGGCCCCGACGGGCUGCGCGGCCCCGGCCCCUCACCUCUCACAGCGCGGCUUGCCCUUCCAGCCCGGCUUGGGCCCAGGUUUCUUUCGAAUUUUUGGUUCUUCUGACUUCUUGGCUUCUUUGCUUUCACUGUUCUUACCAGAGAUCCUGGGGGAAAAAGAGGACACCAGUCAGUGAUGUUUCUGAUUGUUUGCAUAUGCACUGCGGGAGGUGGGUCUCCUCGGGCCUCCAGGGCUAACCUGCUUCAGUCCCCGUGCUGACUGGCUGGCCCUCAAAUUGACCCUUGGCCGCCAAAGCUAGAACAGCUCUUCGGGGAGGUGGAGGCGCUGCACUGCCCCCUCGGGACACAGGAGUGGGCCUUCAUGACAACUUUCACUCCCUGUCUGAAAUAUCAACACCAUAAUUUUGGAGACAGCAUGGAAAAAGGUGGGGCAGGGGAGACUCGGGGGUCAGUCCCUCAACAAAACUAUCGUUAAGCUAGAAAAGAUCAGGAUCCACUCUUCUGGAACCUGCUGGGAGACUCACGGCAGCCAGGAGAGAGCUCUGCGCCCACUGCCGUCCCCCACUCCACAGCCCCUGGGCAGCGGGGACCUUGUCCUCCACACAUGGGGUCAUGCAUUUCAGCCAGUCUCGCAGGCCCCAGAGGACCAGGCCAGACACAGUAACUUCCCCCCGCCCUGUGGUGUCCUUCAAAGACUUAAAGAUACAUGCACACUUUUCUUUCUAGAUCCAGGAGUUUAAGGAAAUCUGUCAGGAAUAGAAGGAAACUUCUAGGGCCAUAGCAACAAGCCCACAGCUGACACCAUGCUCGGUUGUCAAAGACUGGAAGCUUUUCCUCUGAGAUCAGGAACAGAGAGAGAGGGGGUGGUGGGCCUCACGUGCUGUUGGCAGUGAUGACCAAGCAAGAACAAGACAAAGAUGCUCAUUUUCACCACUUCUCAACAGAACACUGGAAGUCCUAGCCACAGCAAGUAGGCAAAAAAAAAAAAAAAAAAAAAAAAAGAAAA